GCGGCCACACCCCUCGGGCGCGGCCUGGCGCUGGCGCGGAGCGCAGGACUCAGCGGGCCCAGUCCCACCCCUCCGGGCAGGGUUUCCGCCAGCGCGACCCCUCGAGCCGACCUGUCCUCGGGCCAGGGGGCCCCAGGGACCCACGGAAGGGCAAGGCGGCGGACCCUGGGCAGCGGGACGGUCGUCGGAGGGCGGCAUCCGCGCCGAAGCCCCUUUCCCAGCUCCCACGACAUGGCCCGGGGCGGCGGUCAGAGCUGGAGUUCGGGGGAGUCUGACCGGCAGCCGGAGGAGCGCGCGGCAGAGGAGACCGGGGACAAGAUGGUGAAGGAGACCCAGUACUAUGACAUCCUGGGGGUGAAGCCCAGCGCGUCCCCGGAGGAGAUCAAGAAGGCCUACCGGAAGCUGGCGCUCAAGUUCCACCCGGACAAGAACCCGGAUGAGGGCGAGAAGUUCAAGCUCAUAUCCCAGGCUUAUGAAGUGCUUUCAGACCCAAAGAAGAGAGACAUUUAUGACCAGGGCGGCGAGCAGGCCAUCAAGGAAGGAGGCUCGGGCAGCCCCAGCUUCUCUUCGCCCAUGGACAUCUUCGACAUGUUCUUCGGGGGCGGGGGACGGAUGGCUCGAGAGAGGAGAGGCAAGAACGUUGUCCAUCAGCUGUCUGUAACUCUCGAAGAUUUGUAUAAUGGAGUCACAAAGAAGUUGGCCCUCCAGAAAAACGUAAUUUGUGAGAAAUGUGAAGGCGUCGGUGGGAAGAAGGGGUCUGUGGAGAAGUGCCCCUUGUGCAAGGGCCGCGGCAUGCAGAUUCACAUCCAGCAGAUCGGGCCAGGCAUGGUGCAGCAGAUCCAGACCGUGUGCAUCGAGUGCAAGGGCCAGGGCGAGCGCAUCAGCCCCAAGGACCGCUGCGACAGCUGCAGUGGCUCCAAGGUGAUCCGCGAGAAGAAGAUUAUCGAGGUGCACGUGGAGAAAGGUAUGAAAGAUGGGCAAAAGAUUCUGUUUCAUGGAGAAGGAGACCAGGAGCCUGAGCUGGAGCCUGGCGAUGUCAUAAUUGUGCUUGAUCAGAAGGAUCAUAGUGUCUUUCAGAGGCGCGGCCACGACUUGAUCAUGAAAAUGAAAAUUCAGCUUUCUGAAGCCCUCUGUGGCUUCAAGAAGACGCUAAAAACGCUGGAUGAUCGAAUCCUCAUGAUCACGUCCAAGUCGGGCGAGGUGAUCCGGCACGGGGACCUGAGGUGUGUGCGCAACGAAGGGAUGCCCGUCUACAAAGCGGCCCCGGAGAAGGGGACCCUGAUCAUCCAGUUCCUCGUCGUCUUUCCCGAGAAACACUGGCUGCCUCAGGACAAGCUCCCGCAGCUGGAGGCCCUGCUGCCCCCAAGGCAGAAGGUGAGGGUCACGGACGAUAUGGACCAGGUGGAGCUGAAGGAGUUCAGCCCCGGCGAGCAGAACUGGCGGCAGCAGCGGGAGGCCUACGAGGAGGACGAUGACGGGCCGCGGGCCGGGGUGCAGUGCCAGACGGCGUGAGCGGCCGCGCGAGCACCCUGAGUGUAACGUUGGCACAAUGAAAAUGGCAUCGCCUCACGGCCUCGUGUCUGGGGUGUCCUGUGUAUGUGUUCACCUUCUCAGGUGCUGAGUGUCUUCUUGGUUUUUCUUUUGUUUUCCUUUGGUUGUCACUUAAGUUAUAGCUUAAUUUAUAUUGAAAUGUUUCAAGUGUGACUCCCAGUCUGCACACGGAUCUGCUUAUUCACGUUUUCAGGACACUUCUGAGAUGCCAGGGACGGCACUGACACUUGCUCCUGGGGGCUCUGCUGUGUCCUGUCCGCCAGGGCAGCCCCCAGCAGGGCCCUGGGCAGUGCCCCAGGCGCGGCUUCCCUGCCCUGCCCCAGGGCUGCUGCGUCUAGAUUCUAGACGAUCCUGCUCCAGAACAGAAGCACGUCUGUGGCCUGCGCUCAGCCCCGGGGCCUGGUUCACAGGGCGAGGGCUGCGGGGCCACCAGCCUUGCUGCUGCUCUGGGGCUGCAGUGGGUGUGUGAUCAUCUCUCUCGGAAAUUUCUGGAAGCUUCCUGGUACCUUGUGAGGACACACCAGGCUGACAUAACUGUUUGCUGGGGCCCUGCACCUUGUUUGUGGUCGUGAGGACUUCCUACCGGCAGCCUCUGCAGUGCUCUCCCACCUGAGUGCUUACCGUGAAGAAAAGGACACUCCCACACACCCUGCAGCCUCGGCAGUGGCCACGGGAGCAGCAGCCCAGGCUGGGAAGGCACAGACGUCCGUCCGCACCCCCUCCGAGGUUGUUCCUCUGGCUGCGCGGCCACGGGACACGGCUUCCUGCUCGGGCAGGGCUCUGUUGUGCAUGGUGGCGUGGGCCGCCUGCCCCGACGGACUGUCCUCACUGCUUCACUCCCAGCAGGCGGCCACAGCUCACGUGGAGUUGCUGCAGCCCCAGCCAUCACCGGUCCCUUCCCUCCCAUGGCCGUUGGGGUCAGAAAAUGCUUUAGAUGUGGCUGGGUGAGGGCAGAAGCCGCUCGCGCACCAGACCGCCUGCCCCUGGUUCUGGAGAAGCAGAGUCUGACGCCAGGGGCCGCCGCAGGGGGGUGGAGGGUCCAUCAGGCCCACGCAGUUGGGCUGAGCUGGCUCGUGUGGAGGGGACCAGGCUCCAGCAGGACCGGGUGGGUGGGUGCCACUUGCUCAGAAUGGUCCCUGCUUUGACCAUCGAUCAGGACAGACCUUAAAGCUACUCUUCCAACCGAGCCCGUGUGAAAACCCGUCCACAAAUGGACCACAACUCCCUGGUCUUCCCCACCAAGCGACUGCUGGGGGGCGGAACUACGUUCGGCUCCCGAUCCCCGGUCGUGGGGAUGGGAUCUGGAGGGUGUCGCCUAAAACUCACCCCCCCUGUACACCCAUCACUGCAAAAUUAAACCUGAGCUGGGAUGAGAGACAAGUGGCUUUGGCUGUUUAUGUUUUCGGGAGCUCCCCCACGGGUGUUAACGGGCCAGCCUGCCUCGCACCAGCGGACGGGAGCUCGGACCCGAGGUGGGGCGAGUGCCGAUGCUGGGCGGGGGAAGCGUCCACGGCUGUGCUUACAGGAGGGCGGCCAAGGAGCAGGAGAGGGGCACGGGCUUCAUCUGGAGGGUGAUGGGACUGGGGGACAAGCAUGCAAUCUCACAGGCAUAUGAAGUCAUUAAUAAGCAAUCAUCUUCAGAGUGAGCCAUUUUCACACGGGCCCCGCUGAAGGGGCACCGGUCUCUGGCGUGCUGGAGGCGGGGCCGGAGCCUGAGGACAUCGCAGAGGCAGUAGGGUCCACCACAGGCCACAGCCCUCUGUGCAGCCAUCAGGUGCACAGUGUGGUAGGUGACGUGCUCAGGCUCUCAGUAGAUGCCCAGACAGGCAGGACUCCAGAGCAUCCCUAGUGGGGCAAACCCCCGUUCCCUUCAGGACCCCACUCUGAGACCGGCAGUGUGUGGGGCUCAACCCUCUGGAGAGCAAGCCUGGGCUUCUUGGCUGGGAGGGCCGGUGAGCGCCGGAUCCCGCCAUC